AUGCAUACUCUUUCUGGAGAGUUUACAUUUUUCUGUGAUACAUCCUUUGUUCUAGACAAGAAACAUAAACUGCAGAAACCGAAUAAGGCUACUAUUAACAACACUACUGGGACUAUUGAAUCAUCUAGAAUAAUGAACUUGUAUCAGUUCAUCCAGCUUUACAAAGACAUCACCAGUCAGUCAGCUGGAGUUCUGGCAUUAGGUGCUACAUCUGAAGAUCUUUCUUUAGUGUCAUCUUGUCAAGCCAGUAUCUGGAUGGGCAGGAGUGACCACAAUCGAAACUGCCCUAUUUGCCGCUUGCAGGUUACUGCAGCCAGUGAAUCUUGGAUAAUGUCUGAUGCACCAACAGAACACGCUAUUGCAAGCUAUAUUCUGAACCUGGCAGAUGAGGCAGGACUACCACAUAGACCCUGAACACAAUAGCCUUUUACUGAUAAAGUGGUUCAUUGUACGGUUUGCAAGUAGGGAAUUAAAAUGAAAAGCAUCUCAGUUCCACUGCUGUGUGUUUGCCAAUGCACUGAAAAAAAAUACUGAAGAAAUGCAAUUGCUGUUUUUUUGGCAUUUCCUAGGAUUAGUAUGCUUUUGUAAUUUAACAGUAAUCUUAGAUUAAAGUUUAGUAUGUUAAUGCUAUGUUACUGACAGACCAUCUUAGUUGACAGAAAAUGGAAGCCCUGCAGUGAUUUAUAAACUAUUGGUUACAUAUUUGUAUGUGUUUAUUUGUUUUGAGACAUCUUUUACUAGCCAUUAUUCUUUAAUUGAAUUUAUGUUGGUGGUGUUUCUGUUUUAUACUAUGUAACACUAAAAUGAUGAUUUUUAUCACUUUUCAUUUUAUAAAGUGUGAAAAAAAGCACAUUGACACUCAGUCUUUUAUGUGAAAGUUCAUCAUAUGUUUGCAUCUUUAAAAUAUUUCAUUAUGUCAGUGUUGUAGAAGAAUCAACUAUUCAGUAACUUUGCAGUUGGGAAAGUUUACAUUUUUUACACAUAACCCCAAAUUGGUAUUCUACAGGUAAUAGGUAGAUUCCCUUCUAAAUUGCAGUCCCUUCUAAAUUCCUGUACAGUAAAAAUGGUCCAAUCCAGUAUGCACAGUUAGUAUUAAAAAUUACAAAUGUUUCUACUUGAAGUCUUUAUGCGUUUCUAAAUCUUGUGCCUUUUGCUAUGUGCAUUUACUCCAUUGGUAUUAAGGAGAGGUUCUAGUGAAGCAGGUUGAAACCCUACAAGUUAGCUCAACUACUUAUACGGAUGGCUUAUCUUUACCUAGUUGAAUUGUAGUGAUGUUUUUAUAUCCUGAAAGGGUUUGAUAAGAAGGAGUGAAGUAUACAAAAAAAAAAAAAAAAUGUAAUUGUAUGUAAAAAUAAUGUGAUAUCUUGUAACAAUUGUAAGUCGCCCUGGAUAAGGGCGUCUGCUAAGAAAAAAUAAAAAUAAAAUAAUAAUAAUAAUAAUAAUAAUAAUAAUAAUACAAACUGAUAACUUGCAAACAUUAUGUACUAGUAUAAUAUUCUGUCUGUUUUUAUUUAAAAGUCGUUUUCUUAUUUUCAGUUUGUGUAAAAUGCGUCUUAAAGGAUAGUGUUGCCCUACUCUUUUUUCAUAAUUUAAUAAUUGCUACAGUACAUUUAUUUUGGUUUUCAAUUGGAGACUUUCAUUUUAUUGGAAUGUGACGUUCCUGCGUAAGAUCCCAGUAUAGUACAUGUAUACAUGUAUUGACUUGCACUUUAUCGUAUAAAAUAAUAUCCUCACAAUAUGACUGAAGUGAAUUUAUUUGUUGAUAUUGCUAAAUGGGUACACUGGAAUGUGAAGUAAAAAAUAAAUAAAUAAUAGACCACUGAUAUGAUGUAAGGGUUUUAUUGUAUCUUUUGUUUUUUGUCACGCGUGACCAAACAAUUACAUGACAUACUAAAUAAUGUCUAUAGCUUCUAAUCUCUGUUUUUUUGCUGAGCAAAUGUAAUAAAGCAUGUUUGGCAGUAUUUACUGUAUACCCUGACAGGUACCCCGUAUUUGAAAUGUUUUGAAGUGCUUGAACCCACUAGAUGGCGAUCUAGGACCACAAGCACCCUGGACAAUAUGUUAAAGUGCUGCAGAGGAAAUUUGUACUGCACUGUAAUUAAAAAAAGCUAAUUGCAUUUUUACAUGUUUAUGUAAAAAAAAAAUAAUAAUAACUGAGCAAAGCAUAACAUUAGUAUUGUAAAUGUUACACUUGUGAAAUUGAUUUUUUGAAAAUCUGGCCCAUACUCUUACAACUGGAGCAAUUGAAUGAAUACUUCAAUCACAGAGCCUGUUCAGGUUCAAUACAUUUCAUAGGUCUUAAAACAAAUAAAAGGAAACAAUAUUAAACUAUCUUGCCAUAGUCUUUUGCCAUUUGGUAAUUCUUCACUGGACAAAUAACAUGUUUCUGUUGAUCUAUGUAUGCACUUCCCUUGCGCAUUAAAUCUAAUGUUUUGUGUUCUUUGUUUUUAGUACAAUAAAACUUUUACUCACAAAGUU